AUGGAUCCGAUUCCGGGCUUAUCGAAACUAACGGUGUCCUCGAAAAAGGUCGUACUGAUUUGUUCCGACGGCAAAAGCUUCGAGAUCGACGAAGCGGUGGCUCGCAAAUCCAAGCUCAUAUCGAACAUGGUCGAAGUCGGCUGCGACGGACCGAUCCCGCUCCAGGACGUCACCGGGAAGAUCCUCGAGAAAGUAAUCGAGUACUGCGAGAAACACGUCGUCGAAUUCGGUCCGGCUGAAUUAGACGACGAAGAGGCGGAGAAGAAACGCCGGAUCUGGGACCGAGAGUACAUCUACGGAGUCGACGAGGAAACGCUCUACUAUCUCAUCCUCGCCGCUAACUACCUCAGCAUCGGAGGCCUUCUCUCUCUCGCGUGCAGGAGGGUCGCGGAUUACAUCAAGGACAAGACCCCGGAGGAGGUUCGCCAGAUCUUCGGCAUCGAGAACGAUUUCACACCCGAGGAAGAAGAAGCUGCUCGCAAGCAGGCGGUUUGGGCCUUUGGUCCAUAA